AUGGCCGCCACCACCGGACCCUAUGAGGGCGUCGACGCCGCGGCGCUGCAGCAGGCGGCCGACUCGUCGCUACUAGGCUACGGCACGGCCUUCAACGCCGAGAUCAUCACGCGCGCGUCGGGCGUCUUCCUCUACACGGCGAGCGGGCGGCGGAUCCUGGACUGGACGUCGGGCCAGAUGUCGUGCCUGGUCGGGCACGGCAACCCCGAGGUCGUCGAGGUGGUCCGGCAGCACGCCCUCCACCUCGACCACCUGUUCAGCGGCAUGGUCAGCCCGCCCGUCAUACAGCUGGCGGCCGAGCUCAAGAGGCUGCUGCCGCCGGGCCUGGGCCGGUCCAUGUUCCUGAGCACGGGCGGCGAGAGCAACGAGGCCGCCAUCAAGCUGGCAAAGGUCGUGACGGGCAAGUGGGAGAUUGUGGGCCUCAGCGCCAGCUGGCACGGCAUGACGGGGCAGGCCGUGGGCGCGCAGUACCACUCUGGCCGCAAGGGCUACGGCCCGAUGGUCCCAGGAAACUUUGUCCUCCCGGCGCCAAACGCGUACCGGUCCAUCUUCCGCAAGCCCGACGGGUCCUACGACUGGGAGACGGAACUGGACUACGGCUGGUCCAUGGUGGACGCGGCCUCGGCGGGCUCGCUGGCGGCCGUGAUACUGGAGCCCAUCCUGUCGUCGGGCGGGAUGCACGUACUGCCCGACGGCUAUCUGGCCGCCAUGAAGCGGCACUGCGAGCGGCGCGGCAUGCUGCUGAUCUUGGACGAGGCCCAGACGGCGCUGGGGCGCGCCGGCGACAUGUUUGCCUUCCAGCACCCGUCCAACGGCGGCGUCGUGCCUGACAUCUUGACGCUGAGCAAGACGCUCGGCAACGGCCUGCCGCUCAGCGCCGUCGCGACCGGCGACGCCAUCGCCGCGGCCGCCAAGGACAGGGGCUUCCUCUUCUACACCACCCACGUCAACGACCCGCUCCCCGCCGCCGUCGGGCUCAAGGUGCUGCAGCUCGUGCAGCGCGACGGGCUCGUCGAGCGUUCGGCCCGCUUCGGUGUCCGCCUGCAGGAGGCGCUGCGGGCCUUGCGGGCGCGGUAUGCUUGCAUCGGCGACGUGCGCGGCAGGGGCCUGAUGGCCGGGGUGGAGAUCGUGGACGGGCGCGACACGAAAAGGCCGGCCGUGGAGCUCGCCGACAGGCUGUCGGCGCGCAUGUUCGAGCUGGGCGUGUCGGCCAACCUGGCCACCAUGGCCUCGUUCGGCGGCGCCUUCAGGAUCGCGCCGCCCAUCACCAUCACCGAGGAGGAGCUGGAGCUGGGCCUGUCGCUGAUGGAGGAGGCGUUCAGGACGACCGAGGGGACGCUUCCCGUUGCGGCUGCUUGA